AUGGCACCGGCGAACAGUUUCCUGGCUAGUCUCCGCGAGAAAGUCUACCGCCACAAGCCCGAAUUAGGUAUCACCUUUAGCCGUAACCAUGACGAAGUCCGCGGCGGGCCAGAGGGAGAUAUUGCUCGGCGUAUCGAAGAGACAGAAAGUGGGUGGUCGUCAAGUGAAGAAAACUCGGCAUCUGAAUCCUCUAGUACAACGCAGUCUGCCCAGGGUGCAAAAGGCUUGGGUGAGUUUCUUGACAACGACGAUCCUCCGGAGGUCAAACAGCACUAUGGUAUACUGCCUUUGAUGCAGUCCCAGGACGAUGCUGCUGAAAACGGUGAGCAGGUCGACUGGAUGCCUCUACCGAACGUGGACACCGGUAUGAUCGGAAAAGAAAUUACAUUUCGCGCGCGGGUUCACAUUGUCAGACAUAUGAGUGCAAAGCUCGCUUUCAUCAUAUUUCGAGAACAGACAACUACUCUACAAGGCGUGCUCAGCGCCGCGGAAGGCAAGGUUUCCGAGAACAUGGUCCGGUGGGCUCAGCAUAUUCGAUCUGGGACGAUUGUGAUUGUCAAGGCCAGAGUCAAGGAACCGGAGCAGACAGUCAGGACAACGAGCGCACACCAUGUUGAGCUGGACAUUUUGGCGAUGCACAUUGUUUCUGCAAGAACAAGCUCCAUCCCUUUCAGUGUCUAUGAGGCAGAGGCAGUAGCAGACGGGCACUCCAUCUCAGACCGGGUGAGGCUGGCCCACCGCAUCCUUGAUCUACGAACUCCGACCUCGCAGGCGAUCUUCAGAAUCCAGUCGGGUGUAUGUAGAGCUUUCCGAAGCUACCUGGAGGACCGAGAAUUCCUCGAAAUCCACACCCCGAAGUUGCAAGGCGGCGCCACUGAAGGGGGAGCAGAUGUCUUUCAGGUCAACUAUUUUGGUCGGCCGGCCUUUCUGGCACAAAGUCCUCAGUUGGCAAAACAAAUGUGCAUAUCUGCGGACUUUGCCAAAGUGUUUGAAGUCGGCCCGGUCUUUCGCGCUGAAAACUCAAACACUCCACGACACAUGACCGAAUACACCGGGCUAGAUUUGGAAAUGGCAAUCAACAGGCAUUACCAUGAAACUAUGUGGCUGAUAGAUGCAUGCCUCAAAGCUAUCUUCAAAACCGUCUACGAGCGACAUCGAAACGACCUCGAAACGUUGAGAUCCCACUUUCCCCACGAUGAUCUGAUAUGGCUCGAGAAAACACCCAGACUCACGUUCGCAGAAGGGGCUCGGCUGUUGAAUGAGUCAGGCUGGACCAAUGAUGACGGUAGUCAGCAGUCGGAGCACGAGGACCUGCCGACGAAGGCUGAAAAAAGACUCGGCGAACUGGUCAAAGAAAAGUAUCAAACCGACUACUACAUCUUGGAUAAGUUUCCGGUGGCCGCCCGACCCUUCUAUACCAUGCCUGACCCGAAGGAUGACCAGGUUACCAACUCUUUUGAUUUCUUCGUGCGAGGACAAGAGAUCCUUUCCGGCGGACAACGUAUUCAUGACUAUACUUUGUUGAAGAACCGGAUGGAGGACUCUGGCAUGGAUCCCACCUCGCUGAAAGAAUAUAUGGAAGCUUUUGAUUGGGUCGCACCUCCACAUGCGGGAGCAGGGAUUGGACUGGAGAGACUGGUCUCUUUGCUCCUAAACCUCGGAAAUCUGCGCUACGCCACACUGUUCCCUCGUGAUCCCAAGAGCUUCCCUGCACCAAAAGACACUCAUCUGCGACAUCCAGAAGAUAAUACCUUACAAAGACCCAAAGGCCAUCUGCCUGCCCUGGAGAAUCUGGUAGCAAACUACGGUGAUGCUACAAAUACGUCUUGGAUGGAUGAUAGGUUCCAGAUUUGGAGAGACAACAAGACCGGGGCGGCAAUUGCAUUUGUCCCCAUACGCAACCGGGCCAUCUGCGCCGGCAACCCGCUGUGUGACGCGAGGCAGCUGGAAGAUGUCCUUACGGCGUUCCUUCACUGGCUCCGUCGGGAGACCAAGCUCAAGCCGCUCUUUAUCUUGGUGGGCAAAGAUGUCGAGGAAGUCUUAGGUGACAAGUUCGGAUGGAAGGGCUUUACCAAUGUCGCGGAACAACGCGUGAACCUGGCAAACGACCAACAUUUGAGCGUCGACGGGGACGUUGAACGCAAGAUCCGGCAUGCAAAGAAAGAAGGUGUCGAGGUGGUGGACUAUGGCAGUUCCGUGCCGGAUAAAGUGCAGCAGAAGAUAGAGGAGCGGAUCAAGGAGUGGCAGAAUAGUCGUGAAGGUGCUCAAGUCCACUUGAGUGAGAUCACCCCCUUUAGGGACAGCGUUCACCGACAGUACUUUGUCGCUCAGGACGAGCAGGACAAGAUCCACUCGCUGGUGGUCCUGGCACAGCUUGCUCCGCGAAAUGGCGUCCAAGUGAAAUGGGCCUUGGAUUUUCCCGGCGCCAGCAACGGAUCAAUCGAGUAUGCAGUGCAGACGGCAAUGAAGUCGGCCACACAAUCCGGUUACAAGACGUGCACCUUCGGAGCCGGGGCGACCGCCAAAUUGACGACUGGGCACAACAUGGGCAACGCGAGGUCGGCGCUGUUGAACUCGCUUUAUCAAACUCUGGCGGCCAAAUUCCGGCUCGAGCAGAAGACGGGCUUCCGCGCCAAGUUCAACAGUAUGGACGACCCGAUUUAUCUGUGUUAUCCGCCAAAGGGGCUGGGACCGCGAGGAGCUCGAGCAAUCGUGGAGUUCUUCCAGUCUGAAGGUACUAACGGAUCGUGA